AUUGCCCACCUCAUUACUUGCGAUCUCUCACCAUUAUAAAUACUUCACCUGCUGCGGUGAAAGAUCACAGUCACAAACAACAUCGAAUCAUAGCAAGUAGUCAGCCUACAGUUAGUAAUAACGGUAUUCAGCGCAUAAAUUUAACAAAUAUGGCUUUCAAGUUUGUGCUCCUCCUUUCCGUAAGCGCCGCAUUGGGUAUCGUUACCGCCGAAUUCGAUUACAAUCCCGAUCUCUACAAUGGCAACAAUAGCAAUAACAAUCAAAACAAUGUAAAUAGCUACAAUGACAAUGUCAAGCAGCCGGCCAACAGCUAUAGUGCACCAUUGGCAGCACUGAAUGCCUUUAGUGGCAAUCCACCAACGCAACCACAACAACAGCAGCAGCAACAACCACCUGCAAAUGGUUACAAUUACAACCAGAACAAUUAUAACAACAACGCGGCGCAACGCCACUCAGAAUACCAACCACAACAACAACAAUCAAGCGCUAAUGGUUACAACUACAAUCAACCAGAACCUCAACAACCACAACAACAGUCAGCUGAACAACCACAACAGAACAAUUAUAAUUUUAACAAUGCUGCAGCACAAAAGCAAACCCCGGACGCUGUACCCACCCCAGCUGGCUAUGACUACCCUCCACAAAACUUUGCCGCACUCUCCUCAUCCUCAUCAGCUUCGGCUUCAGCUUCGAGUGCCGUUGAUAGUUUCACAAAACUUGAGACAUCAUUCAACUCACAGGCUCAUCUGUUGUCCGCUCCAACAGCAGCACCAGUAGAGGAAUACAACCCACCCGCCAAAUACGAUUACAGCUACAGUGUACAUGAUGAUGAGACCGGUGACAUCAAGUCGCAUGCUGAAGCUCGUGAUGGCUACUUCGUACAGGGUUCGUACAGCGUUGUUGAUCCAGAUGGUUUCCAACGCACUGUCAGCUACACGGUCGAUGGACCUAGUGGUUUCAAUGCUGUAGUGAAUCGUGUGCCAUAUGUCGUGAAAGCAGUGCCCGCCAUCGCUUUGAGCGCUCCAGCUUCCUCUGUUGCGCCCGUUACCAAACUAGCCGAGUUGCCACUUAACAAUGACAUUUCGUUAGCAGAGUCUUCGGGUGGAUCGGCAUCAUCCGCCUUGGCUGCGGAGGCGAAACCAACUGACGCAGCACGCAUCGAAUUGCCAGUACAACCGCGUGACAGUUAUUUGUCGCCCCCAGCCGAUUCCCGUGACGGUAAAGGGCCAUACGCUUAAGAGUUUUGUGCUGUUUGUGCUCAUUCUCGGUUAUAUACUUGUUAAUUUCUUUGUAGUCGAAUGAAUUUUUUACCAUACACUCAAUAAA